GUGUCCUAAAACCUUUAUACCUGGGGAAACUUAACAUUGUAAAAACUGUUCUUGUAAUGCAGCAACUUAUUGUUUCCAGUUUUCCUACACGAUUUGCUAACCCUCUGUUUAUUAAAGCCAUUAUCACUCAAAUCCCUAUAGACUUUAGUUUUAAGUCUUUUUGUAGAACAAUUAUAUCUCUUUCUGGCUAAUAUACAUAAGAGGGUAGCUGUCAGAAAUCUAUUGUUGGAAACAUGGAUAGGAAGAAUUGAUUUUGAAAGAGAGUUUGUGUUAUUUGUAUUCAUCUGAGAAGGAACAAAUUGAAGGACUAGUAGGUAACUGUUGGUUUUUAAAAAAAACCCAGCCGCUGUCCAGCUGACUCCAACUCAUGGGAACCCCACGCAUGUGACAGUAGAACUCUUCGUAGGGUUUUCAAUGGCUGAUUUUUUCAGAAGUAGAUCACCAGGCCUUUCUUCUGAGGUGCCUGUGGGUGAGCUUGAACCUCUAGUCUUCCGGCUCGCCGCCAGGCCAGUUAACCGUUUGUACCACUCAGGGACUCCUUUGUUAGUCAAAGUAGUAGUCAAAUGAUUUAAAUGUAAGCAUGUGUGCCUGUGUAUAUGCACGUGUGUUUACUGGAGAAAAUGUGUUUCAAUUUGAGGACUGGAAAAUUGGAUGUUUAAUUUUAAUUAUAUUUUUAUUUCAAAAAUAGAACAGUUAUUUCAUUCUUGUUUCUUUUAUCCCACAAAAUCACUUAACCUAAUUUGCCGUGCCUCUUUUUGUUUGUUAAGGCACAGGGAAACACUCUAAAAUCUAGUGAAAAUUUCCAAAUUAUGUCAUUUUAAGAGGUUUUGCUUUUUACAAAAAAUACAAGUAGGAAUCAUUUGACCUUUACUAUAUAAAAAAAACAAAACCCACCGCUGCCCAGUUAAUUCUGACUACAGUGACCCUAUGGAACAGAGUAGAACUGCCCCAUAGGGUUUCCAAGGCUGUAAAUCUUUACAGAAGCAGGCUGCCACAUCUUUCUCCUGUGGAGCAGCUGGUGGGUUCCAAUUGCUGACCUUUCAGUUAGUAACCGAGUGUUUAACCACUAUGCCACCAGGUCUCCUACUUUAUUGCUACAGAUUUUUUUAAAGUGUUUGUGAUGUGACAGUGGGCAUUUGUAACUAGAUACUAAUGAUUAAUUUCAUCACCUGUAUUAGGAAUUAAAUAUUGAGAAUAGUUCAUGAUUUGAUCUCCUCUAAUACUGUUAUCUGAGAUCUUGUACUUUACCAUUUCUGAAUUACAUAGCAUGUCUCCAUUUUUUUGAGUUUUACCUGUAGUCAUAACUCUUUAAAGGUUUUAUAUUGUAAAUAUUUGACUUUACUAAAUAUAAAAUUAUUUUUUGUGUAAGAUAAAAGAUAUAGAAUCCUAUUUUCUUCCAUUUUAGAAUGCACAGGAGAAUAAUUAGGCAAGGAAUGGGUAAAUAGGGCUUCUUUUUCCUUUUUUCCAUUUUAUUUUGUUACUGUUAAAUACUCCAAGGAAAUUGACAUCAAAACCUAAUCCAAGGUCUGCCAUCUGCUACAGACGUAUCAGUUUAUUUUAGUUACUGUUAAGAAAUCUUUAAAAGUUAUAGUCAGAACCCAUUUUGCUUCUCUUGCUGAAAUAGUUACUCGAUACCUAGGUAAUCAGAGUUUGUUUUUACUCCCAGAACUUGAUUUUAUGUUGGGAGAGUUGGGAGGAACUGAAAUUUUGAUCCUAGUCCCUUGUUUUCUUCUAUGGUGAAAUAGAGCUUAUUUAACACCUAAUAAGCAUAGGAAAAGUAUAAGAAGUUAGGAAAACUUCUUGUCAGAGAAGAAUUAUGUUUAAAUGUAGAUACAAAAUGUCAAAAUUCUUCCAUUAUGAACAAAGGCUAAUGAGGGAGAUUGUGUAUCCAACCGGAAUUAAAAACAUUCAGACACUGACAAGGAGGGUUGGACUCAUGAACAGUUCCCUGAAUACUGCAUAAGUGAGGAAAAGAGGUAGUGGGCAAAAGAGAACUCUGUCCUGCACAGAGAUCCCCAAAGAAUCCUUGUCCCCUCCCCCCAGCUCCCUACAGAAUGUAUGAUUAACGGAUAUCAGGAGCAGGGGUUUGGUACUGAGGAUAAAGGGUAAUUGAUUAGAGUUACACCACUGACUGAACCACUACAGGCCGUCUACUUGGUAUAUCCCUCUGUGAGGUAAAAGCAACUUAGCUAAGGAGCAGUGAAGCAGGUGAUUUAGAAGGAAGUCACAUACCAGGGAAACUACCAGAAGUCUGGAAGAGAGAGGAAGACGAGUAGAAAGAGACACAGCCCUACAAUUCACAGUUGGACAGCAGCUACCCGUAAAGCUGCCAGCAUAUAUCUGGGGCUACCACCUGAGUCUCCAAGGGUUGGCGUGCCAGGGAGAGCUGCUGAUGGACACAGGCCCUGCAUCACCAACUGAUUCAUUUGGACCAUGUCAGUGGCAGCCGCAGUGAGAGACUCUGCCUCCAUCCUGCCUUCUCUACAGAAAAACAGAGUGGUCUUGGAAGAGGGUAAGAUAAAGUUUCAGAUUUGGGCUCCUCAUAAGGGGGACUUGAGACUGGGGCUAGUACCAGGAUCUUCAUGUGUCAGGCUGGGCAUCGUGUUGCUGUUGGUGAUUUUUCUGCCCACCAUGUACUGUAACCAGGGGUCAGUAUAUUACUCUUUCUAUGAAAUAAUUAUGCCCAAGAAGCUGACAUUCCUGGGAAGGGAAGACUCCAUGGAAAGGGCAUCCUACAUGCUGUAUAUCCAGGGCCAGAAACAGGUGAUUCACUUGAAGGUGAAGAAAGACUAUUUUGUAAGCGACUUUCGGGUCUUCAGCUACCACAAUGGGAUCCUGGAGCAAGAUAUGCCUUUCAUCUCACAGGACUGCUACUAUGAAGGCUACAUAGAAGGAGUCCCAGGCUCUCUUGUUUCUGUCAACACAUGUUCAGGCCUCAAGGGCAUCCUGAUUAAGGAGGAACAAUCCUAUGGCAUUGAGCCCGUGGAGUCUUCUAAACGGUUUGAACAUGUGCUGUACACCUUGGCACACCAAGCUCCAGUCUCCUGUAGUGUCACCUCCAAUAAGAAUCAACAAGGGGUGUCCAUCAGCCGGCAACAAGGGAGCAGAAAGCUUCAUAAUCUAGGGGUGCCUUCCUACUUGUGGUCACACACCAAGUACGUGGAAAUGUUUGUCGUGGUGAACCACCAGCGGUUCCAAAUGUGGGGCAGUAACGUUAAUAAGACAAUCCAGGGAGUGAUGGACAUCAUUGCUCUGGCCAACAGCUUCACUAGGGGAAUAAACACAGAGGUAGUGCUGGCCGGAAUGGAGAUCUGGACCGAGGGGGACCUAAUAGAGGUCCCCGUGGACUUGAGAGUUACACUCAGGAAUUUCAACAGCUGGAGGCAACAGAAGCUCUUCAGUCGUGCGAAGCAUGAUGUUGCUCACAUGAUUGUUGGGCAUCAUCCCGGACAGACCAUGGGACAGGCAUUUCUCAGUGGUGCCUGUUCAAGGGGUUUUGCAGCAGCUGUUGAAUCCUUCCCUCAUGAAGAUGUCCUCCUGUUUGCCGCGCUCAUGGUCCAUGAGCUGGGGCACAACUUGGGUAUUGAGCACGACCAUUCGGCCUGCAUUUGUAAAGAUAAGUACUUUUGCCUCAUGCAUGAAAACAUCACCAAAGUAAGUGGCUUCAGCAACUGUAGCUCUGACUCCUUCUACCAGUUUCUCCAUGAACACAAAGGGGCGUGUCUGUUUAACAAGCCAGGGCACAAAGGUCGCACACGUAGGGAUGCCACCUGUGGAAAUGGUGUGGUGGAGGUCACAGAGGAGUGUGACUGUGGUCCUAACUGUGCCACUCACCCAUGCUGUGACCCAACAUGUAGACUGAAGAAAUAUGCACAGUGCAGUAAAGGACUCUGCUGCUUUGAGUGCCAACUGAGACGGAAAGGAUACAUGUGCCGUCCUGCUGGGGAUGAGUGUGACCUCCCAGAGUAUUGUGAGGGUAGCUCUGAAAAAUGCCCUGUAGACACCUAUAAGCAAGAUGGCACACCUUGUGAGAGAAUUAACUACUGCUACAGGGGCCAGUGUAGGAACCCUGAUAAGCAGUGCACAAGAAUUUAUGGGGCCCAAGCAAGGUCUGCCUCAGAAGACUGUUACCGAUCAAUGAACAACAAAGGAGACCGGUUUGGAAACUGUGGCCGUCCCUCUGAGGACGACCCAGUUUAUAUUAGGUGUAUAGAUGAUGAUAUAUUCUGUGGGAAACUUGUAUGCACAGAUGUUGCAUACUUACCAACAAUCAAAGCCAAACAUACACACAUCCAGGUCCCUCACGAAGACGACUGGUGCUGGAGCAUGGACGCCUAUAAUGAUACUGAUAUCCCUGAUGACGGAGAUGUGCAGACUGGUACUUACUGUGCCCCAGACAAAGUCUGUAUGAAUUACUCCUGUGUUGAUCACACCGUGUUCGAGUAUGACUGCAAACCAGCUGAGAUGUGUAAUGGGAAGGGAGUGUGCAACAAUUUUAGGCACUGCCAUUGUGAGCCUGGCUUUGCCCCUCCUGAUUGCAAAGCACCAGGAGAUGGAGGUAGUGUGGACAGCGGUCCCGUUUUCAUUCCCUAUGAAGCAUAUCCAAGUGAAGGUGGCAUUCGUCUUAAAAGCAAUGAGGACAAUGUUGGCAAAGUAGUGUUCAUACUCCCUGUAUUUCUCAUAGGAUUGUUGUUUGGACUAAUUAUUUUCACAAGCUUCAGUGCUAGAAAGAAACCACCAGCGGCUCCACCAGAGGUACCCUCAGAGGAAUCACUGGAGGAACCACCAGAGGCCCCACUGGAGGAACCACCAGAGGCCCCACUGGAGGAACCACCAGAGGCCCCACUGGAGGAACCACCAGAACCUCCACCGGAAGAACCACCAGAGGAGCCACUGGAGGAACCACCAGAGAUGCCGGAAGAACCUGCGCCUGAAGAUGAAGCAGGUGAACAGCUGGAAGAACCAGAAACAGAAUACCAGUAAUGAGAGGAAGAAGCCCAUAUAUCAAACACCUGAUGCAGUGAAUGGAAUUGAGGGGCCCGGUAAAGCAAAGAUUAAGUAGUAGUUGAUGGCUCCACUGGCUCUGAUGGGGACUAUAUAAAAAAAAAAUAAAAAAAUAUAGUCUGUACUAUAUACUAAUACGUGAGGAGGGAUUCUCCCCACUUUACAUAUUCAUUUUAGUAAUUUGGUUUUACAUUCAUAUGUAAAAUCAUAUAUAAAAGGAUACUCUAUUUUUUUUCCUUUUUCCCAUUUCAUAAAACAAUUUUAUUUAUGCUCUAUCAAUGUCUCAUUUCAGUAGGGCCAAUUUUUGAGUCACCUGUUUUUCAAAAAAUGCCAUCUCCAAUGUACGUUGUUUCCCUUACAGUACUAUCUGCGACUGCAUUUAUUCCUACAACAGGAUUAUUCAUCCCAGUCACAACUACGCAUUAUGUUAGGAACAUUUAUAAUGUGAUUGAUUAUUUUAAUUUGCCCUGUCAAUUUGUAUUCAUGAAAUAGAGGUGUUUCUCAAUAAAUUAAAGUCCAUUUUCAUAUGAAGUCUCCUUUAUUUUGGGGAUCUGGAAGAGGUUAGAUCUGAUCACUCCUGGGUUGGGAGCAUGAGAUGUGGAGACAACCUAGACAUUCUCAAAAGGCCCCUUCCACAGUGCUGAGUUGAUGUUUCAAGUAUUCGUUUUUUUUCUUUCUCUUUUUUAGAUUGGUUCUUAAUUUCUCUGUUGAAGGUGAUAUUUUCUCUACUGACAAUGGAAAGAAACAUCUCAAAAUAUAGAUAACAGCUUGGAGGUGUCAGUUAUUUCUCUGAAGAGGGUAAGGAGGAAGUAUAAUAUUAACAUCACUCAUUCUGUGGCAGGCACCGUGCUAAACUCUUUACACUCAUUGUCUUAAUUUAUUCCUCCAAACCACCCUCUCAGGCCUCCAUCUAGUACAUAAGGAAACAGAAGCCAACGAGAUGAUAAAAGUAGUCUAGUGCUAAUAAAGGUGGAGCCUGGGUGCCCCCCUGGUAUGACUGCAUCUACAUUCCCCGCUGCCUCCAUGAGCCUUUCACCUGAGUAAAAGAAAUGAGGGGUAAGACACUCAAUAUGUCUGCAGUUGCCCACAACUGGGCUUUUCCUCAGUGACUAAGGAAGGAAAGCUUUACAAAUGGUGCUGAUCUCUAUCGUGAACCUAUCACAUUGUCAAUGUCCAUUCAAGUGUCUUUUCUGCUCUUAGAUCCUGACAUCAUGGAGAGGCAGGUUUGCAUUUUAUUAAGCUCUUGUGGGCCCAGCACAUUGUAGGUGCUUAAUAAAUGUUUACCAAGUGAAUGAUUUAACCACCAAAAAAAUGAAACCCUCUGACAUCACAUCAACUCUGACACAUGGCAACCCCAUGUUACAGAGUAGAACUGAGUGCCACAGGGUUUCUUGGCCGCAAUCUUUACAGAAGAAGUAGAUCACUAGGUGUUUCUUCUGUGGCACUGCUGGGUGGGUUCUAACUGCCAACCAUUUGAUUAGUAGCCAAUCACAAACUAUUUGCACCACCAAGGGACUUUAACCACAGCCAGCCUUAAAACAUGGGACCAGAUUUCUCCCCUGGGCAGGCUGCCACUUGUCAGUCCCUAGCCAUGCAACAAUCAAACUCUUGCUCAUGCAUAGUAUUGCUACAGGCUGAGUGAACGUUCUGAGUGAUUGUUCCUGAGCAUCCAUCUCUGAAGACACAUUUGCUGAGCACCUCUUCUAUUGCCCACCCUAUGCCAGCAGAAAGGUACAAACGCAAAAGGAUAAGACCUGGUUUCUGCUUUCAUGAAGUUUAUAUUAAUUACUCCUGAUGGAACAAAACUAAAACCUCAGAACAAAAUCCAAAAUCAAGUGUUCCGUUCCCAAGGCAUGAUUCUAAGUAUAAGUAGGAAAACCAGGUCACAAGGUUUGCUAGUCCUUUUCUAGUAAUCAAAUUCCAGAAUGUUUUAUGUCAAAAGAUCAAAAUUUAUAGGGAGAAAUGAUGCUACCAGUUGGGAGCCACCUGAGAGUUUUGAGAACAAAGGUGAAACUAGGGAACUGAAGGCCUACAAAUGUGAACUUGUCAUUAGAGACUUUUGAUAAAGAAGUGGAGGAUUUCUGCUGAAAAGGACCCCGGGGAAGAACUGGAAUUUAAAGAAAUGUUCACCUUCCUUACUGGGCAUGCUGAUGGCGACUAUAAUAAAUGCUAGUGGGCAUCACAUAUUUAAAUAACUUAUCAAAGAUAAAGCAAUCAUGAUUUAUGUACAAGGUAAUUAUGUUAUGAGUCGGAAUCGACGGCAGCGGGUUUGGUUUUUGGUUUUAAUUUGAUGGAGGAGUCCUAAAACUUAGCCUGCUCAGCUGCUAAUCAAUAGGUUGGAAGUUCGAGACUACCCAGAGGCACCUUGGGAGAAAGGACUGGUGAUAUACUUGAGAAAACUCAGUCACUGAGAAUCUAUGGACCACAGUUCUACUCUGACACAAAUGGGAGGGUCAGCUUGACAGUAACCGAUUAACUGUUCAUUUAGGAGAAAUCUUUAAAGACAAAAAGGCAGGUAGAUGAUUGGAAAUCAGUCAGUAGAAUCUCGUUGUUAGUUCCAUCUGAGUCGAUGACGACUCUUGGUGACCCCAUGUGUGCAGAGUAGAACUGCUCCACAGGGUCUUCAAGGCUGUGACCUUUCAAAAGGUCACCAAGCCUGUCUUCCGAGGUACCUUUCUGGGUGUGUUUGAACUGCCAACGUUUUGGCUAGUAGUUGAGCACUUAACUGUCUGCACCACGAGGGAUCCUGGGACCUACUAGGAUUUCAUAAUAUUUAAUAACAGAAAUUACAAAAAUAAGGAAGUUGUUGAGACUUUUCUUUUUCCUAUCCUUAAAACUGACUUGAUUCUUAGGGUUAGACAACUAGGUUUAGACCAGAAACAAAGACUAGAAUGGCUAUUUGAAUGGACUUCUGCAAAACUGGUGAUAGAAAACUGUACCUAUUCAAAAAUUGUCAAUUGAAUUUUAAAAUGUGUAGAAACCAGGAGUGAAGGGUUAAGUUAAGCCCAUUAGGACAGACUAUGGCAGGGGAAUGACCAGUUUUGUUGUGGGCAGGAGUGAGCAGUAGAUGUAACUGGGUCUGAAAUCUCCAGGGUUCAAGGGUCAGCAUUCCUUGUAAAAGCACAGGUUGUCAAUAAUCUGUUCUGCAUUAUGUGUGACUGCCUCUAGGAA